GCUCUUUUGCCCCAGUAGCCUACAUAUACACCAACCGCCUGUCCUUACUAUGUGGACAGAAGCCUCGACUAAAGAAAAAUAGGAAAUUGCGCAUGAUUGGUGCAAGUAUCCCCCGUACUUACUGACGGAGCACGAGCCUAAAUGCGACUAGUUGUGAGAGGUGCAUGAUGCUGUAUGUUGACACAUAUUAGGCUGGACGCCCUGUCCAAGGGUUUAACCGGCCUCUUGUUCAGACCCCCCCGCGUCUCCGCGCUGGAGCGAUGGUUCCAGUCUUUGACUCCACUGCCGGGACACUGUCCUCUUCGGUCAACACCAGCCGGUCGGUCGGUUGAAACAGACGACAAGUGUCUUGAAGUCUCAGCUCCGAGAGUUACGCUGCCAAAGCGCGAACCACCACAACCUCCCAACUCCUGCAGAAUGCCGACAAUCGAGGCUCGAGAGCUGUGCUACCCUGGUAUUUGUCGCACUUCAGCACUUCUUCUACCCUUAACCUAGUUGGUAUUUCCAUAGUCAGAUCAAUCGUCGGCAGGGGUGGAUUUGCCUUUGGUGCGCACAAAUGUCCUAACGAGCGCUAAAUAUUUUUGUUCAAUCUUCGAGGCAAAAGACGCCGGACUUCGUCUUCCUACUCCCUGUACGCGCUAACCAGACCACGUUAAUACGCCCUGGGCCAUGCCCAAUUUGAUAUGCAUCCCCGAAUUUGACUAAGAACGGUCACGGAAAAUGAAAAGAAGAUGUAUCUAGGGGUACUGCUUUUUCCCUCUGAAAACCCCGUUUGCAGAUCGAGACGUGGGUUAUUGAGUUACAGCCAACUUGUUCGAUUGUUGCACGUUACAUAACAGCAAACUCCAGGUAUCCUGUUUCUGCGACAGCAGAGAGCCAAGCAUAACGGCGGGCGCCAGAUUCACCAAAACAAUCAGCCCAGUGCUCUUCCGUCUGUGUUUCGGACCUCGCACAGGGUUCACGGAGAGUUUGUGCUUAUCCACGCUGCAUAUAAAAAGCAGAUAAGAGCGGAGCGGACCUAUACCAUCAAAGCGUUGACCAGGCGUUGAUCAUCUUCGGUGUGAAGCUAGAGAAAAGAAUCGCAAGUCAAGCAAACAGUGGGGCAGGUGGAGGUGCUUGUGUAUUUCAAACAAGCUACUCCGAUGUUUAUAUGAAAACUACCCUGCCCCUGCCCUCUGGGAAGAUGAAUUGCGGAAGGCUGGGCUAGCUUGUGCUCGGUCGCACGGUAUACUUAACCAUAAUAAGAGGCCUGGAAGAAAUGAGGCAAGCUUUUUGACAAGGCCCUCCCGCUCGUCUUUCCUUUUUUCUCUUUCAACCCUUUUGAAUACGUUCAAUAUUCAAGCCUUCUUUCGGGGAGGAGGGAAGUGGAAACAGAAACAUAGAGAUUCAGCAUAUGUUAUGUUUCUGAUAGCUCUCCCCCUCUUUUUCCUUUUACAAAUUCUUCACAUAUAACUAUACCUUUUUAAUAUUUUCUCGUUGAUUCACUUCUCCUUCUUUUUCCAGUUAAAUAUUUCUUUAUUAACUCUCCCUUACUCCCUGCGGUGGGAAGGUGAGAGCAGCAACACAACACCAGCGGCCUCAACCCGGCAACAGUAAUGGCUGCCCAAAAUUCAGUAACGGCUAUCCCGCCCGCCGAGAAAACGGAAGAGGAAUCGAAAAUUUCGAUUCAGAAAUCAAAGAAAUCACCGGCGUUCUAUCUCUCCGUUUUCUGGCUUUGCCUUAUAUCUGUGAUCACGUCCUUGGAUUCCGUGAUCAUAACAGCCAUUAUACCAUCAGUUGCUAGAGAUUUACCUGGCACCACAGUACAACUUUUCUGGUGCGGAACGGGAUUCUUGUUGGCACAGACGGUCACCAUCCCGCUAUAUGGGAGCUUUAGCGAUAUCUUCGGCCGUAAAUGGGCUCUAAACUUCGCCCUCGUCAUCUUUACAUUUGGAAGCAUCCUUUGCGCAACAGCCAAGCACAUGCAAUGGCUGGUUGCUGCACGAGCUGUCAAAGGUCUCGGUGCUGGGGGGAACCUUAGCCUGGUCUCUGUGAUUAUCAGUGACAUAACCACACUACAAGAAAGAGGCUCGUACAUGUCCUUAGUGUCUCUAGCAUGGGCCGUGGGCACAAUAGCCGGAGUCCCUAUCGGCGGCGCUAUCGGAGAACGCACAACGUGGCGAUGGGCAUUUUGGAUUAACGUGCCCAUCUGCGUCGUUUCCAUCGUCGGUCUCACCAUGUCGCUCAGACUCAAGUCCGCAAAAACCACGCUGAGGGAGAAAAUUACCCGCAUCGACUUUCCCGGCAUCUUCGUCUUCGUGGGCUCGACCACCUCGUUCCUCCUCGGGUUGACAACUGGGGGCACACUUCGCCCAUGGGGCUCCGCUAGCGUACUUGUACCACUAAUUGUGGGGGUUUUUGGAUGGGCUUUGUUCAUAUAUGUCGAGCUCAAAUAUGCCCAUGAGCCUAUGAUUCCACUUCGGGUGUUCCAUGACCGCACGGCGGCGGCGGGAGGUUAUUCUAGCGUCUUUUUCCAUGGGCUUGUACUAUGGUCUUUGUCUUAUUAUAUCAUUAUCUUUUUCCUCGGAGUCACCCAGCAUGGACUCCUCCAGUCAGCCGUGGAAACGUUACCGGGAUCCGCCUUCGUCGCCCCCUUCUCCAUAAUCGCAGGGAUAGUGAUGACAAAAACCCUCCGUUUCCAGAAGGUAGUCUGGACCGGCUGGGUAGUCAUGACAAUCGGCACGGGCCUCAAUGCCCUACUCAAGCCUCACUCGAACGGCGGCAUCCUCUAUGGCGUACGUAUAAUCAUGCCAAUAGGCGCCGGCCUCCUAUUCCCCACGACAACCGUCGCCGUACAAUCCGUGCAGAAGGGCGAGGAUGUCGGCAUCGCCACCUCCGUGCAAGUCUUUGCGCGCAGUCUCGGCCAGGCCUUCGGCGUUGCGCUGGGCGCUGUGAUUUUUCAAAACGAGUUUGACAGGCUCGUGACACAGGCGGUGGCGGCGGGUGCGUUUACUGGCAACAGUAACCAGAACAUGCUGGUCCAUGGAUCCCAGGCGGACGCUGCGUUCGACAUCAUCCAGACGUUUCCGGAGAAUGUGCAGGAGGUUUAUCGAUAUGUGUAUGCGGAUUCGUUGAGGACGAUUUGGUAUGUUCUUACGGGACUUUCUGGAUUUGCGUUUUUGGUAAGUUUAGCGAUGAGGGAUGAGAGUUUGAAUAAAGAUGCGAAGGGGAGGCAUCAGUUUGACCAUGAGAGAGGAGGGGACGCCCACGGGGAAGAAGAUUCUGAGCAGGCGAAGGAAGGUAAAGAGUAUUCGAAGGAAUCUAGCGCGUCGAGUUCUAGGAUACAAGGCUAAAAAUGGAGCAAGAAAGGCGGGAAAAGGGGGAGAGGAUUUGUGAUACCGAGAUAAAUUCGUAGCGCUCUUCGUAGCGCUCUUUUUAUAUACGGAAUCAUCUCUCUUCGGCUUCCUUUCAACACGUGUAACAUAUAUAUACAAACAAAACGUCAGCAUGCUAAGGCUCAGGAUUUCUCAAAUCUAAGUUAUUAUAUCAUUUUUUCUUGAUGAUACCUAUUUGAACGUAGCGUGAUGUGCGUCGGGUGCUCAGGGGAAUGGGUUUCUCUUCCGCAGGUUAGUUGAUUUUAUGACUAGAUUCGCAGACAUGGUGAAAUCGGACGGUUGAAACAUGGAUGUGCUGGUUGUAUCAUACCACUACAAUCCCCAUCCUGCCUCAUUUAACGUAAGAAAGA